AUGCUGACGGGCGUCUCCGCGCCGGACUCGGAGGGCAGGGUGACAUACACCUUCAACAGCCAGUCAAAAGUGGAGGUUCCUCAGCGGUACGAGGUGAAGGGCAUAGUGGGACGCGGGGCUUAUGGUAUUGUCUGUAGUGCGGUGGACCUUAGAACGGGGGACGACGUCGCCAUUAAAAAAAUCACCAACGUCUUUGGUGACCUCGUGGACGGCAAGCGCAUCUUGCGUGAGGUGAAGCUGCUGGGGUUUCUGCGGCAUCCCAACCUACUGUCCCUCAAGGAUCUCUACCGCCCCUCCGCCCCGGACUUCUCCGACCUGUACCUUGUGUCCGAGCUCAUGUCCUCGGACUUGUACACCAUUCUCAAAUCAAACUCCGUGAAGCUGGCGGAGGUGCACUGCCAGUACUUUACGUACCAGCUUCUGUGUGCGCUGCACUACAUUCAUAGCGCCAACGUUAUCCACCGGGACCUGAAGCCCGCCAAUAUAUUGACCAACGCCGAGUGCGAUGUGAAGCUGUGCGACUUUGGCCUUGCACGGGGAAGGGGGCUCCGGAUGACGCACUACGUCGUGACGCGUUGGUAUCGGCCACCCGAGCUGCUGCUUAUGAGUGACGAUUACGAUGGGGCGAUUGACUUGUGGGGGGUGGCGUGCAUCGCGGUGGAGAUGUUCACGCGCCGGCCGCUCUUCCCUGGUUGCGACUACAUCCACCAGCUGAACCUCAUCACAGAACUCUUAGGCCUCCCCGACAUCGCGCGCGACUUGCCCCACGUGAACUCGGAGGGGGCACUCAGCUACGUGCGCUCGCUCCCCCCGCGGGAGCGGCAGCCGCUGGAGACCGUCUGCCCCACGCUGAGGGACAAGUACUUGGGCUCCAUUCGCUACAACGUGGAGGGCGGCGAGGACGCGGGGAGGGCGGCGUGGGACGGCGCCAACGAGGGGGAAAAGGGGCCUGCGGAUGCGGACACGGCGCCGGCCCCGGCAGCCCCGGCAGGGGGCGGGGAGGAGCGGUACGCGUUGUUUAAGGACUUCCUCUUCCGGCUGCUCACGUACAACCCGAAGCAGCGCAUGACGGCGAAGGAGGCGCUGGCGCACCCGUGGCUGCGCGAGGUCCGGGACAACUGCGGCGGAGAGGAGGUUGAGACGGAGGCGGGGAAGCAGUUCUUUUGGGACCUCGACAGCACCGAACUCAGCGCUGCCCAGCUGCGGCAGCUGGUGACGGACGAGGUUGCAACGUACAAGGAACAGUAA